GUCGAGUUGAGAGACGGCAACGCUCACUCCUCUUUCCACUUCCUCUUCCCAUCCUCUUUCAGACGUCACCAUACUUGUUCCCGCCGACUGCCCAGCAUGGCAGACCUCGUCGACUCGAUGCUCGACCUCAUGCGCCGUCUCCCACCCACGCAUGUGGAGGAGAACGUUGCUGCGCUCGUAGGGAUGUGCCCCGACUACGCUGACGACCUCCUGGGCAGUGUCGACCAGCCGCUGAAGGCGAUGGUCGAUCGGACGGCGGGCAGGGAGUAUCUCGCAUGCGAUUACAACAGGGAUGGCGAAAGCUAUCGAUCGCCAUGGUCGAACGAGUAUGACCCGCCGCUUGAUGAUGGUACUGUUCCCUCAGCCAAGCUACGGAAGCUAGAAGUUGUUGCCAACGAGGCCUUUGAUACUUAUCGCGAGAUGUACUUUGAGGGCGGUGUGUCGUCUGUAUACCUCUGGGAUCUUGAGGAUAGUGGAUUUGCUGGCGUCGUCCUCUUGAAGAAAUCACUCACCUCCUCUUCACUAUCUGAGCCCUCGGGUGCAUGGGACUCCAUCCACGUCUUCGAAGUCGCUGAACGCGGACGGCAAGCUCAUUACAAGCUUACAUCUACGAUCAUGCUUUCGAUGGUGGACCGCGGCGUUGCUCAAAACAGCAAGGAGGAUAAGGUCGAAGCGAAGCGGGAUGGUGAAGUUACUCUGAGUGGAAGCAUGACGAGACAGACGGAGCAAGAUCAUUCCUUGCAAGACCAGAAUUCUCAUAUCACGAACAUUGGACGGAUGAUUGAGGACAUGGAGAUCAAGAUGCGCAACCUCCUGCAAGAGGUCUACUUCGGCAAGACGCGAGACGUGGUGUUCGACCUUCGCAGCCUAGAAGACCUCGAGAAGGCACGGAGACAGCGCGAGCUGCAGAAGGAACUUGUCGGCCUCAUCAAGCGGUAGUCGAGCAUUUGGCCCAACGAUAUAUUACAAGUACAGCUAAACGGGAAUGUAAUUGUGAAUGGAUCGAAUCAAGGG